UAGGAGCGGUACCAAACACUGGUCGUGUUAGGCUCCUGUCAAAAAAUUAUUUCCUAAAUCUAGCGUAAUACAUACAGGAGCUCGCUCCGGUGUGCACCGGAAGUUGGUUUGUUUAUGAGGUGAUUUCGCAGCGGAGUUCCGAAUCAUCCGAAGCCGUUUUUCUGAAAUCGUAGCGGUGUAGUGAGUUGAGAAUGCACGACUGACGAUCUGUUUAGUGAUGAACUGACGUCUCAAGAGAAAGUGGUGAAGCUUCUGCCUUCGUUACUGGUCCAUUACACUGCAAAGUGGUUGCGGAAGGUUGUGGCCAAGAGUUCCUCUGGAAAUGCAUGCUGGGGAUGCAAAGACGUGAUUCCCGGGAGCCCCGAGACGAAACUCCCAAGCGUGCAUCCAAAACGACGGCCGCCGCAAGAGCUAUGCAUUCGCAGACAAGGCCAACGGGAUCGAGCAACUCCGGUGUUUUGAUGGUGGGACCCAACUUCAAAGUGGGCAAAAAAAUCGGCUGCGGCAACUUCGGAGAGCUACGACUAGGAAAGAACCUCUACAAUAAUGAACAUGUUGCAAUUAAGUUGGAACCUAUGAAGUCAAAGGCUCCACAAUUACAUUUAGAAUACAGGUUUUACAAGCUUUUAGGUAACAAUGAAGGCAUCCCAAAGGUCUACUAUUUUGGGCCCUGUGGGAAAUACAAUGCUCUGGUCAUGGAACUCUUGGGCCCUAGCUUAGAGGACCUCUUCGACCUGUGCGACCGCAAGUUCUCCCUCAAGACAGUUCUACUUACCGCCAUUCAGCUACUUCAUCGAAUUGAGUAUGUGCACACAAAACAUCUGAUCUACCGGGACGUGAAACCCGAAAACUUCCUCAUCGGGCGGCAGUCCACCAAGAAGCACAAUAUCAUCCACAUCAUUGACUUUGGGUUGGCCAAGGAGUAUAUAGAUCCUGAAACCAACAAGCACAUUCCCUACCGGGAACACAAGAGUUUGACAGGCACGGCCCGCUACAUGAGCAUCAACACGCACCUUGGCAAAGAGCAAAGCAGAAGGGAUGACCUGGAGGCAUUGGGGCAUAUGUUCAUGUACUUCCUGAGGGGCAGCCUUCCAUGGCAAGGCCUCAAGGCAGACACCCUCAAGGAACGCUACCAGAAGAUUGGUGACACAAAACGGGCCACUCCUAUUGAGGUGCUUUGCGAUGGUUACCCUGAAAUGGCCACAUACCUGAGGUACGUCAGGCGGCUAGACUUUUUUGAGACUCCUGACUAUGACUACCUGAGGAAAAUGUUUCAUGACUUGUUCGAGCGCAAGGGCUACGUUGAUGAUGGAGAGUUUGACUGGACGGGGAAACAGAUGUCAACCCCCGUCGGGUCCCUCCAGACAGGACAGGAGGUCAUCGUUUCCCCAAACAGGGAAAGGCACAUUACAACCAAUGCCCGGUCAAACCCCCAGAAGAAUGCAUGGUUGGACCAAAGCAACCCACGGCAGGCGGGCAACACACUGCUUGCCGAGAAGCUGGUGCAUCAGGGAGGCGGGGCAGGUGGCGUGCCCCAGGGAUCGGUCCAGGUUGUCUCCUCUACCAAUGGUGACCUGGCCAAUGACGACCCCACCACGGGCCACUCCAACACACCCAUCGCAUUACCCGUCGAAGUGGAGGUUGUCUCGGAUACCAAGUGCUGCUGCUUUUUCAAGAAGAAAAAAAAGAUAGGGCGCCAAAAGUGACUGGCCCUGGCGGCUUCGGCCACACCGGACCAGGAGGCCACGCUGCUCUGGACAUCCCCUUCCGAUUCCAAGGAGAGUGUGCCCUGUGCUGCUGCCCCCCCGCAUGCCACAGCGGCUGCUGGUGCGCCACACAUCUCGUCCUCGGCCUUCUGAUGGCACUGCACUAUUUAUACCGGACACUCCCCACCACAUCUCUCAAACCACCCGGAUUGCUGAAGAAGAGAAGGGCGGCCAUUCGUCGCCCAUCUCUCUUUUGACGCUUGCUCGGUUUGGAGGGGGGCACGCGCACUGCUGCUGUGUCAGACAUGGUGUGCAGUCUUACUCGCAUGGUGAAGAGACAGGAGGCAGUUUUCCUUUAUUAUUUUUUUUUCUCUAUGGAGGUGUUCACAGUGGCCCAACUGUUGCUAGGGCUGUUGUGCAAUGGCAGUGUUGAAAGUCAGUGGGCCUUCCCCAAGCCCUCCUCCACUCUCCCAUUUUGUUUCUUUAUCCAGGUGACCUGUCUUGCCAGUUACUACACACCCAUGGACAAGUGGUGUCAUAAGUUGCCAGUUGUCUUGUGAAUGCAUAACACUUGACCGACAGUGGUGUGCUGGA